AUGGUCCCCGUAAUCUAUCACGGCUCAUGUCUCUGCGACUCAAUAACGUUUGACAUUGAAGGUGAGCCUGAAAGAGUAUUCAGUUGUUACUGUCUCGACUGCGCAAAGAAUUCUGGCGGACCAUAUCAACUUGUCGCCAAAUACGACGUGAGCAAGAUUACUGUCAAAGAUCCCCAGAAUGCUCAGGCCGUUUGGAUCAUUAGCCGAACACAAAGUGGCUUCGAAAAGCAUAGUCUUCUGUCGCCAAUGUGGUUGUACCCUGUGGACUAUACCAAUGCAUCAUCAAGGUUCGAAGAUAAUGGUACGAACUUCGUUGGUCAAUGGAGGGCUUGA